AUGGAAGAAACAAGGCAUGAAAUCGAAGAGGAAAAUACAAGAACAAGAUCAAAUACAACAGAAGAGGAAGAAGAAGUCUUGGAAUACGAAGAAGAAGACAUAGAGGAAGGUGUAGAGAAAUGCAAUCACAGUCUAGUAGGAAAGCUGGUGACAGACAAAAACAUCAAUCCAACAUGGGUCCAAACGGCUAUGUUCAACAUUUGGAGAAGGCCAGAGGGCUUUAAGAUGGUAGAGAUCAGGCCAAAACUUUUUCAGUUUUUCUUUCAUAAGGAAAUAGACAUGAGAAAAGUUCUGAAAGAAAACCCAUGGAUGUUUCGAAAUUCAUGGCUACUGAUCAAAAAAUGGGAAAGAGGAGUAAACCCAGCAGAAAUGGAUUUUUCUAGAACAGAAAUUAAACUUCAAAUAUGGAACAUGCCAGAGCAUUGCAAAACAACAACUCUAGGAAGAAAGAUCGCUACUAGGGUGGGAGAAGUCAUGGAAUGCAAUGUAUUCUCAGUGGGUCCAGGAAAAGGAAACUUUCUUAAAGCAUCAGUCAUGAUAAGGAUAGAGGAUCCACUGAAAGAAGGCCUAAACAUGGGGAGUAAGCAAGAUGGUUUAACAAAGGUGGAGUUCAAAUAUGAAAGGCUGCCUACAUUUUGCUACUUUUGUGGUAGGAUCGGACAUGAUGUAGCAAACUGUGAGAUAGCAGAAGCAGAAGAAGAGCACACCAGUGGUUCAAAAAAAAGGACUAGGAGCAUGGCUAAAAGCAGAUAUAAUAGGCAAUAA